CGAGCGGGCGGGACUCCGGGGACUUCCGUUGGACUUGACGGUCCAGGAGGCCAGCUCAGGUCACAUCUGGGUCAGACGCUUGCCUUCUCAAGGAUGAUUUUGUGCUCAGGGUGGCACCACAACACAUAGCAGCGAGAUUUGGUGGCACGUGGAUGACACAGUGAAACAAGAUGCCUUUGAAUGAUGAGAAGCAGUGUGUGAACGAGGACCAGCAGAGUGAUUCAGAGUCUUCUCGGUUCUCCGAAAGCAUGGCUUCGCUCAGUGACUAUGAGUGUUCCAGGCAGAGCUUCACCAGCGAUUUCUCCAGCAAAUCCAGCUCUCCUGCCUCAACAAGCCCUCCCGGGGGUGUGACGUUCGAUGACGUGAUGGCUGCUGCGAAGAACUUAUCAGACAUGACUCUUGCUCAUGAAAUAGCUGUGAACGAGAACUUCCAGUUGAAGCAAAACGCCCUCCCAGAGAACAGCCUUGCUGGUCAAGUGAAGCGUGUUGUUCACCAGGCCUUCUGGGAUGUCUUGGAAGCAGAUCUCAGUGCUGAGCCCCCCCAAUAUGAAUAUGCCAUCAGACUGUUUGAAGAAAUCAGAGAGAUCCUCCUCUCUUUUCUUACUCCUGGUGGGAACAGACUUCAUAAUCAGAUCUGUGAAGUUUUGGACAUUGACCUCAUUAGACAGCAGGCCGAGCACAGUGCUGUUGACAUUCAAGGUCUGGCCAACUAUGUCAUCAACACGAUGGGAAAGAUGUGUGCUCCUGUGAGAGAUGAAGAUAUCAGAGAGCUGAAGGCGACUACCAACAUCGUGGAGAUGCUGAGACAAAUAUUCCGUGUUUUGGACCUCAUGAGACUGGACAUGACGAAUUUUGUCAUUAAGAAUAUUAGACCUUACAUUCAACGUGAUUUGGUGGAAUAUGAGAGAAACAAAUUUCAGGAAAUUUUGGAAGAAACUCCAAAUGCCCUUAGUCAAACUACGGAAUGGCUGAAAGAGUCAAUGGAUGAAGAAUUCCUUUCUGAGACUGCUGUAGCUCCCGGAGCUGAACAGAGUUCCACCCCAAGCCUAAGCCCUCUGUUGGUGCUGAAUAAUUGUUACUUGAAACUACUUCAGUGGGAUUAUCAGACAAAGGUCUUACCAGAGACACUGGUGACAGAUGGGACACGACUUCAGGAACUGACAGAGAAGCUGAAUCAAUUGAAAAUGAUUGCCUGCUUGUCCCUAAUUACCAACAACAUGGUGGGUGCUGUCACAGAAGGCCUGCCUGAGCUUGCAAACAGGCUCAAACGGAUCUCAGUUGUUCUACUUGAAGGCAUGAAUAAAGAGACCUUUAAUUUGAAGGAAGCCCUGAAUUCUAUUGGUGUUCAGACUUGUGCUGAAGUUAAUAAGGCCCUGAAAGAGAGAGGCUCGCCCACUUUAAAUGCUGAGGUCCAAGCUAAUCUUGUCGGUCAGUUUUCAAGCCUUGAAGAGAAGGGCAAUCCUGUCUGCACCUUGAUGGAUAAACGGAUCCAGUUGUACAUGAAAAGCUUACUCUGUCUUCCAAGUAAUCCGAAGAGCAUGCCUCCCGUGCCAGGGGGCCUUGGUGUCAUUCAGCAGGAGCUGGAAGUGCUUGGCUGUCAGUAUGCAAACAUCGUGAACCACAACAAGCAGGUGUAUGGACCAUUUUAUGCAAAUAUAUUCCGACAGCUGCUCUUCCGGAAUGAAGCUGUAGGGAAGAUAGAGACCACUUCCAGCUAACUGAAGAGAAGCAGGCACUGGAAGAGCUGGAGAU